AUGAAGAAGAGUACGGGUGCUGAUUGGGACGACCAGUGCGAACAAGCUUUUAAUGAAGUUAAAAGCAUAUUGGUCAGCCCACCAGUUAUGGGACGACCCGAGGAGGGGCAUGCGUUACAACUCUUCCUGGCGGUCUCGGAGGACACAGUCAGCUCGGUUUUGGUGCAAGAGCAGCCUGAGUUCAAGCUUGUAUACUUCGUCAGUCGAACUUUGCAACCCGCUGAGACCAGGUACAAGCGGGUCGAGAAGAUCGCUUUGGCUCUUGUGGUAGUUCGAACAGACCACCCGAUCGCGAAAAUCCUGCGCAAACCAGAUUUGGCCGGGAGAAUUGUAGGAUGGUCUGUGGAGUUGUCUGAAUUUGGACUCCAGUUUGAACCAAGAGGGUCGAUCCGAGGGCAACAUUUGGCCGACUUUGCGGUCGAGUUACCCUGGGAAGAAGCAGGGCAUCAUGAAUGGAUCCUCUACGUGGAUGGCUCCUCUGAAAAGUCUGGUGACGGAGCAGGAAUUGUGUUGGAAGGACCGGACGGCUUUAUGGUGGAGCAGGCAAUUGUCUUUCGGUUCAAGAUAAGCAAUAAUCAGGCCGAGUACGAAGCAGUACUGGCGGGGCUCGAGCUGGCCAAGGACUUGGGGGCUGUUUCGGUCAAAUGCCGAACGGAUUCCCAACUGGUGGUAGGGCAGCUAACUGAGAGCUUCCAGACCAGGGAUGAUCAGCUGCUUCGUUAUUUUCACAAGGUAAAGGAGUUGGUGAAGCAGUUCCGGACGGUGGAAUUUAAACAUGUGCCGAGGGAGCAGAAUGCGAGGGCGAACGUCUUAUCCAAGCUCGCCAAGGGUAAGGGGAAGGAUAACUUGUCGUCGGUCAUAAGGCAAGUUAUGAUGAACCCCUCGGUAGAUUCUCUGGCAGUGCAUGAGGUCUCCGAUCGCCCUGAUUGGAGAAAAGACAUCAAAGAAAUCAUUAAGAGGCAGGAGAGCGGUGUGGACGUCCGGACGAUUGAGGCGAAGAGGGCCGCUCGGUACUUGUUAAUAGGGGAAGAUCUAUAUAAACGAGGAUUUUCCUCACCCCUGUUGAAGUGCAUAUCCUCGGAGGAAGCCGAGUAUGUGAUGAGGGAGUUGCACGAGGGGCGUGUGGAAUGCAUACAGGGCAGCGAGCGUUACGUGCCAAGGUCAUACGAGCGGGCUAUUUUUGGCCAACGAUUGAGAGAGACUGCAAAGAAUUUGUGA